AUCGAUACAAACAUGUAUAUGUAGUUUUAAACCACAUAAUAUCAAAGAACUCACAGAGUAAGAACAAAAAAUGAAAAAAGAAGAAGAGGAGGAUACCAUUAGCAAUCUGGCUUUAUUAGUGCAACAUAUUGCACCGGAUGUAUUGCAUCGUUUUUUUAAAACUGUGAUUCUAAAGGGUAAAGACUUCGAAAAAUAUCUUGAAGACAAAAUGCACACUAUAUUUCAUCUUCAUCAUACUAUACAAUGCUGCGUGAAUGGCUGCAAAACUAAACACUCGAGACAAAACAAAGUUUUAUCUGCGGAACAGUUCAAUCUGUUGUUUGAAACAUCAGCUUGUGAAGUUAAAAGCCAUGUUAAGAAAAUACAAGGUCGAUUAGUACAAAAAUGUAUUUGUGGCUUAAGACCAAUUACAAAUGUGAAAGUGGAGGUUAUGGACAUAACAUUAAUUUGUUGUGUGAUAAACCAAUGCGAAAGUAUGCAGAAAUCAGAGGAAGAUAGAUUGGAAAUAAUACGAAAUGUCAGAAAUAAAGUUGCGCAUUCGUCAAUAUCGCUUUUAGAAUUUAACGACUAUUGGACAAAACUAGAAGGGGCGCUUCGAGGAUUAGCAGAAUUAGUAAGCGAUGAUUUUGGAAAAACAAACAAAUGGUCGAAUAUACUUUACCAAGAAAAGAAAACUAAGUGAUAGUUGUCAAAAUGAACAAAUGAAAGUUAUCAUUCAGCGACUACACGACCAGAUUACGGAAAAGGAGGGAAUCAUGCAUAUGAUGUCGAGGACUCAGCAGAAAAGUUUAACAAUAAUCGAUUACUUAAUGACAAGAAUUGGGGUACCACCAAGUGGUAUCGGGAUCCAAUCAGAGAAUAUCGAGGGAUGGUUGGUAGGUGAUAGUGGGAUUGAACCAGAGGAGAGUCGUGGAACUGAUCAACCAGAGGGGAGUGUUGUAGCGGAUCCACCAAAGGAGAGUAGUGGAGCAGAUCAAUCAGAGGAGAGUGAAAAAUGUGACGAGGGACUACCAUGUAGUAGUGGGAGUCUACCAAAUGUAAGUAAGGGAAGUCGGAUGUUAUGUAAUGGGGUUCAACCAGAUGAGAGUGAUGAUCAUCAGACAUCUAGAAUUUGGAUUCAACCAAAACCGAAUGGCAGAUGUCAGAUAUCUGGAAAUGAGGUUGAACUUCAUACGAGUGAUGAAAGGGUUGAACCAAAGGAGAGUUGUUCAUUAAGUAACGAUCAGCUAAUGCGUAUGUUGUCAAUGGAAGAUGACGUCUUUUCGUCUAAGGAGCCACAUUCAAUGGACUAUAUUUUAGAUGAAAUGAAAAGAAAAAUUAUUCAAAAUAAGACGAUGACACCUGCAGAAGUAAGCAGGUUUCUAGAUAUACUGCUUGAAAUUGUAAAUGACAGAUGUCAACUAGAAACAAAAGAUCACAAACACUGUUCAGACUGUGUUAACCAAGAAUGUUAUGUUAUGUCAGGUAGCCAUAGUUGUGAAAUGUUUUUGUGUAAAUGUGGAAGGCGUAUGCAUGUAUGCAAACUUGAAGAUCAUAAAGUUAUAUGCCUAAGCGAAGAAGUUGAAUGUAUUAAUAAAAGUAAUGGAUGUGAAACAACUCUGCUUCGAUCAGACUUGGUAGCCCAUUUAGAGAAAUGUCCCGCAAGUGUCCUUGUGUGUUCAUUAAAUCAUGGAAUUUAUCAGGAGAAAUGUAGGGAAUGUAAAGAGGUCAAAAUUCCUAAUGCAAAUAUUGGAAGCUGUCAACAUUUCCAAAAAUGUCAUGAAUUCAUUAGGAGAGAUGAAAUGUCAUGGCAUCUGAAGAAUGUUCAUAUCGAUAUCUGCGAGGAACUAUUUGGGGCGCAUGCUUUGGUGUGUCCAUAUAAAAUAUCAGGAUGUACUUAUACAGCAGUCAAGCAUUUACCAGAUAAUAUGCAUGAAAUUGAAGAUAGCAUUUCAAAAGAAAAUGUUGGAAAAAAUAGGUCAACUGACAUGCCUGAAAAUAUUUUCAUAAAAAGUUCCCAUAUAAUUAAUUGGUACCUAAAAGCCUUAAACAUAAAUCAUGUGUAUUCGACAAAUUCACUUGUUAAAAAUGUAUGUCAGUCAGUCUGUACACCGGAAGAUGUUAUAAUUCCAAUUUGGGAGAAAGAGUUAUCCUCGUGGUCUCUAGUUCGGUUUAAAACAAUGUCCACUGGCUCCUUUUCACCAAUACAGAAAUGGAAACAUUGUGACACCCGUGCAUACUUCAGACAUAUUAGUUUAUGUCCAUACAAGCCGAAAGUAGACGAAAAGAAAGAAGAAACAAAAAAAACAAUAAUAAAUUGUUUAACGAUUGAAUAUGUAACAAGUGGAAUGGGAAAUAAAUAA